GCUUGCGGGUGGGGUGGGGGAGCUGGAGUGGAGGGGGGGCGAGAGGGAGGGAGGGCUCAGGCGGCCGGGGAGGGGGGUGGGCUGGUGGGCUUGGGCAAAACCGCGAGCCAUGGAUGGCUCCGCACUCUACCACGGCUUUCGGAAGAAGAGGCGAUCCCGGUCCCAACGCGACCGGGAGAGGCGAUUCCAAGGCGGAUUACAAGGGGCUGCCGGCGGGGCGGCGGGGGUCGCGGGCGGCGGCGAAGCCAGGCGGACCCCCGCGCCCCCCGUCCUUUCUUCCUCGGGCUCGGAGCUGGAAAACAAUGGGAACCCCCCGCUCCCGCCGUCCGCCCGGCCCAAACCCCCCCGGAGGAAGAGGAGAGAGUCUUCCUCCCCCGAAGAAGACAUCAUCGAUGGCUUUGCCAUGGCCAGCUUUGUCACCCUGGAAGCCUUAGAGAAGGAUGCAGUAGUGAAGCCUCACGAUCAGGUGGAGAAGCGUCAGAAUCCCUUGGUAAAGAAGAAACGGGACAUUCUUACCAAUGGGCUGCCAUACCAUCCUAAAAAGAACAGACUGCACCAUCAUCACUACGGCUCAGACCGAGAGAAUGACCGCAACCUUUGCCAGCACCUCAGGAAAAGGAAAAGGGUUCUGAAAAGGCUCCGACAGCUUAAGCCAGGCCAGAAUAGCUGCCGAGACAGCGACAGUGAGAAUGCGAGUGGAGAGUCCAAAGGGUUCCAUCGGAGCAGUUCUCAUGAGAGACUCAGUGACAGUUCAGCUCCAUCCAGCUUGGGAACAGGCUACUUCUGUGACAGUGACAGCGAUCGGGAAGAAAAGGCCUCCGAUGCCAGUUCUGAGAAAUUGUUCAACACAGUUGCCAAUAAAGAUAUCGACUUGGGGGUUGGCACGCUAACGGAAAAUGAGGACCAAGAUGGCAGGACGUUGGCGGUCCCCAAAAUAUCGGGACUAGAAAGGAGUCAAGAGAAAAGCCAGGAUACCAGUAAAGACCCGUCAUUUGACCCCACUGUGCCUAAAGACCUUUGCCCUCAAAUCUCUCAGCCAACGAUCCCACCUCAUUCAGACCCACAGCCCAAGGUACAUUCUCCAAGCCCUGCAGUGGUCCAGCAGACGGAGCCUCCUUGUUCUUCGCCGUCGUCAGCCCCACAGCCGUUGACCACCUUGGAAGAAACCCAACUUUCCACAGACGCUCCUCCCCAAAUCCAACACCCGCCACGGCCCUCCUCUCCCGGACAGCCGACUCACCCGAACCAGCCAUCCAUGCACUUACGUCCCCCUUCACGGACUCUGUCGCAACAGUUGUCGGUGUACAACAGCAGCAGCUUAAGCCUCAAUAGCUUGAGCAGCAGCAGAAGCAGUACCCCUGCCAAGACUCAGGCUUCCUCUGCACAUAUCGGCCACCCCCCUUCGGCAUCCCCCUUCUCCCUCUCUCUGCCAAACCACAGCCCUCUUCACACUUUUCCACCCACCCUCCAACCUCCUGCCCACUCCCAUCACCCCAAUAUGUUUGCCCCUCCCACGGCAUUGCCCCCGCCUCCUCCGCUGACAUCGGGGGCGUUGCAAGUUCCAGGCCAUCCUGCUGGGAGCACUUAUUCUGAACAAGACCUCCUGCGGCAAGAGCUGAACACGAGAUUUCUGGCUUCCCAGAGUGCCGACCGGGGCGCCUCGCUGGGCCCACCGCCCUACUUGAGGACGGAGUUCCACCAGCAUCAGCACCAACACCAGCACACCCACCAACACACCCACCAGCAUACCUUCACGCCUUUCCCCCACGCUAUCCCGCCUACCGCCAUCAUGCCGACGCCGGCACCUCCCAUGGUGCGUACCCCAGGCAGAAAUUUUGACAAAUACCCAACAAAAGUUGACCCCUUCUACCGACACAGUUUAUUCCACUCUUACCCUCCGGCGGUGUCAGGAAUCCCUCCCAUGAUUCCUCCAACCGGUCCUUUCGGCUCGCUGCAGGGAGCAUUUCAACCCAAGACAUCUAAUCCUAUCGAUGUCGCAGCAAGACCUGGGGCUGUCCCACAUACCCUUCUGCAGAAAGAUCCCCGGUUGACCGAUCCAUUCAGGCCCAUGUUGAGGAAACCAGGAAAGUGGUGUGCGAUGCAUGUUCAUAUUGCUUGGCAAAUCUAUCACCAUCAACAGAAAGUGAAGAAACAGAUGCAAUCGGAUCCCCAUAAACUGGACUUUGGCUUGAAACCUGAAUUUCUAAGCAGGCCACCAGGUCCCAGUCUCUUUGGGGCCAUCCAUCAUCCUCACGACCUUGCACGACCAUCAACCCUCUUCUCUGCAGCCAGUGCUGCCCAUCCCACCGGACCCCCGUUCGGCCCUCCGCCUCAUCACAGCAACUUCCUCAAUCCAGCUGCACACUUAGACACUUUUAAUCGGCCCACGACGUUCACCAGUCUCGCAGCUGUGAGCAGCAAUGCCUUCGGGGGACUCGGGAACCCUGCAGUUACUCCCAACUCUAUGUUCGGCCACAAGGAUGGCCCAAGUAUGCAGAACUUUAGCAACCCUCACGAACCCUGGAACCGUCUGCACCGAACACCUCCUUCGUUCCCGACCCCUCCGCCCUGGCUGAAGCCAGGAGAGCUGGAACGCAGUUCGUCUGCUGCAGCUCAUGAGAGAGAUAGAGAUGUAGAUAAAGGAGACUCUUCUCUUAGUAAAGAUGACAAAGAAAGGGAGAGUAUUGAGAAGAGACACUCCAGUCAUCCUUCGCCAGCACCUAUCCAUUCCACAAAUACUCUUGGACAUAGCCGCAGCUCAGCUGAGCCAAUCAGGAGCCAUCUGAACCCUGAGGCUCGGGAGAAAGAGAAACCCAAAGAAAGGGAUCACUCAGAGUCUCGGAAGGACGUUAGUGCCGAUGAGCACAAGGCGAAGGACAACUACGUUUCAGAGAAAGAAGGCCCGACCCAUGAGAACAGAGCGUUGGAGGAGUCCAAACAGACAUCUCGGGGGCCCUCGCCUUAUGUCCGGCCACCAGUUGUGGAGAGUACCAGACCUAACAGCACCUCUAACCGAGAAGCUGAUAAGAAGAACGAGGCAGUGUAUGAGAGCUUGAAGAAGGCCAGCGAGGUCAAGGUGAAGGAGGAAAGAAAGGAAGAUCAUGACGUUCCGCCUGAAGCACCGCAGACGCAUCGGCCAUCUGAGCAAGCGCCUCCCAUGCCUGCAUCCAACAUCCACCCAGGCCCUUUGGUAUCGAUGCCCAUGACAGUGGGCGUAACUGGUAUCCAUCCCAUGAACAGCAUCAGUGGCCUGGACAGGACUCGCAUGAUGACGCCUUUCAUGGGGAUCAGCCCAAUUCCGGGCAGCGAACGUUUCCCUUACCCUUCUUUCCACUGGGAUCCCAUGAGAGAUCCAUUGAGGGAUCCCUACAGAGACUUGGACAUCCAUCGGAGAGACCCUCUGGGCCGAGAGUUCUUCCUGCGGAACGACCCGCUUCACCGUCUCUCUGCGCCACGGUUGUACGACGCAGAGAGGUCUUUCAGGGACAGAGAGCCACAUGACUACAACCAUCACCACCACCAUCCACUUUCGGUCGACCCUCGUCGAGAGCACGAGAGGGGGGCCCAUCUGGAUGAGCGGGAGCGGUUGCACAUGCUCCGAGAGGACUACGAACACGUCCGGCUGCACUCGGUCCACCAGGCCGCCUUGGACGGACACCUGCCUCACCCCAGUUUACUUACCCCCGGGCUCCCCAGCAUGCACUAUCCCAGAGUCAGCCCUUCCUCGGGGCUUCCAAAUGGGAUCCUGAACAAAACUCCUCCCACAGCAGCACUUAGCGCCCCUCCCCCUCUCAUUUCCACUCUGGGACCCCGCCCAAGCUCUCCUCGAAGGACUACCCCCCUGUCAGCAGACAUCCGAGACAGGCCGCCUUCCCACACGCUCAAAGACAUAGAGGCACGAUAAAACCGGAAGCACGAGCCAGAGAGGGAAACGCUCUAAAUGGACUUCAACAUAUUAGAUCUUCUUACUCAAAACA